AUGAUUGGCUUAUUGCUAUUACCGUUAAUUUUGGCUCGGCCACCAAACAAUACAAGAAGAUGUCUGGAUGGAAGAAGUUACAUCUUCGAUGAGGCCACAGACACAUCAAUCGACACCGGCGAAUGUUGUUCAGGAUUCUCAAGAACAGAAUUUGGUCACUGCGUAGAAAGAAUCAUCCGACAUUCGUUUCCACGAUUCGCUGUGCCGCGAUUUGCAGCAGCGAUGAGUCUUCUGCUAGUUGUGUGGAUACUGAUCGGUGUUUUUUCCAUGGUGAUCGCGUACGUGACGCUAACGCAAAGGCGACGAAUCGCGUUGCCGCCGACGGAUCGAGACGUAACAGAAGUUGAGGAAGAAGCAAGCACUCGGCUUCUCGAACCUCAACCUACUCCAACUCAAUUACAUUCUGCGGUGAUAUAG